CACCCAGCCCUCUCUUUAUGGUAGCGCUGAGACUCUCUAGCCUGGCUCGCCGCCCUCUCGCUGGUAGCGCCGGGAGGAGCUGAGAAGCCGGCUGCCGAGGCCCAGCUGAGACGUUGCGGGUGCGGCCCGACCCCGGCGAUUGAGAGCUCCCGCUAAAGGGUGAUCUGCUAGACAAAAAUCAAAGAGGAAAUUUGCUAGAAUCAAAAAUGAUGGAUCCAUGUUCAGUUGGAGUCCAGCUUCGUUCCACAAAUGAGUGCCAUAAAACCUACUAUACUCGUCAUACAGGUUUCAAGACUUUGCAAGAAUUGUCAUCAAAUGACAUGCUUUUACUUCAACUUAGAACUGGAAUGACACUUUCUGGGAACAAUACAAUUUGCUUCCAUCAUGCAAAAAUUUACAUCGACAGAUUUGAGGAUUUGCAGAAGUCAUGUUGUGACCCAUUUAACAUACACAAAAAACUAGCCAAAAAAAAUUUACAUGUAAUUGAUUUAGAUGAUGCCACUUUUCUGAGUGCAAAAUUUGGAAGACAGCUUGUACCUGGUUGGAAACUUUGUCCAAAAUGUACACAGAUAAUCAAUGGAAGUGUGGAUGUUGAUUCUGAAGACCGGCAGAGAAGAAAACCUGAUUCAGAUGGAAGAACUGCUAAAGCUCUGAGGUCAUUACAAUUUGCAAACCCAGGAAAGCAAACUGAAUUUGCUCCAGAAACUGGUAAAAGAGAAAAAAGAAGGCUUACAAAAAGUGCAGUUGCUGGUUCAGACAGACAAGUGAUCCCAGCGAAGAGUAAGGUCUAUGAUAGCCAGGGUCUCCUGAUUUUCAGUGGAAUGGACCUGUGUGACUGCCUCGAUGAAGACUGCUUAGGAUGUUUCUAUGCUUGUCCUGCCUGCGGUUCUACCAAAUGUGGUGCCGAAUGCCGCUGUGAUCGCAAGUGGCUAUAUGAGCAAAUUGAAAUCGAAGGAGGAGAAAUAAUUCAUAACAAACAUGCUGGAUAAUUUGUGGUAUCAAAUUACGGGAUCUUUAAAGUUCCUUUCUCUAUUUCUAAAAUUCUAAGGUACCUUUUAAAGUUGAUUGCCAAGUGACAAACAUGCACUCAGUGUGCACUAAUGUUGCUUUUAGGGUGCUUUAAAGUAAAUUAUUUGAUGUAAAGUUUGAUGGACUAUUUAUUACUCAGCAGUCAGCUUCCAGCCUGUCUGGGUCAAUGUAAACAAGCAGUGUAUAGGCAGUCCUCAAUUUGCACAAUUCCCAGGUCCACAAAUUUCAAUGACAGUGAUUUAGUUAAAUAAGCCAGUUGCCUAACAGCACAGUUCAAAUUUCAGUCACCAUGGUAUAUUAAUUGUGAGUAUUUACAUGAAGUACAAACUUCCUUGCUAGCUCUUAAGUCCACAAAUCACUAUGCAAGUAACAGAUGUGCUUCAAGAUCAGUGAUCAAUCACGUUACUUCUCUCAAAUUCUGCAAGUGAUUGGUCACUGCACAUCUGUUACUCAGUUUGCUCAGACAGCAAAGCACAGAGUUGUGUUGACUCCUGCCACCCAUGUGACAUUUUACAAAGUGGAUAAUCAGAAUUGGCCAACAAAGAUGACAGUGCAGUGAAGAAAUGAAAAUGAUAAUGCUAGAAGUGUGACUUGAAUUGAACAUACAUAGAGUUGUAGAAGAAAUCACUGAUCAUGGGAAUAUUGACACUGCUGCUAUUCCAGAGCCUCUAGAUAUGCAGCUAGAGGAACUCAGUGAAGGCAAACUUAUCAUCAUAAAUGAGAAAAGGAGGAGCAUGUCCCAGAGGAAGUGAUGGUAACAAACUUCACAUUAAAGGAAAUUACAGAGGUAUUUCACAACAUUGAAAGCACAAACGAUAAAAUGGUGGAAGCUAAUCUAAACUUAAAGGAUUCUGACAACUUGCAGUGGUAUAGAAAAGAUGCUUACCCAGUACCAUAAAUUACUUGACAAAAAGGCAAGUACUAUUACUCCUGAUUAGUUUUUUUACAAUGAAAUAACAGUUUAAUUUUCAGUGCUUCUAAUAUAAAUUACAAUGUACUAAGUAUACUUUUUUACAAUUUUUUCAUUUUCUUUUAUGUUUAUAACUGACACUUUUAUGUUUAUAACUGACACUUUAAUAUAUAUAUUUUUUUUUUUUUUUUUUUUUUUUUUUUUUUUUGCGGUACGCGGGCCUCUCGCUGCUGUGGCCUCUCCCGUUGCGGAGCACAGGCUCCGGACGCACAGGCUCAGCGGCCACGGCUCACGGGCCCAGCCGCUCCACGGCAUGUGGGAUCUUCCCAGACCGGGGCACGAACCCGUGUCCCCUGCAUCGGCAGGCGGACUCUCAACCACUGCGCCACCAGGGAAGCCCGACACUUUAAUAUUUUGACAGAUUUUUUUCAAGGUCACAGAAUAAUAAUUUUCCCCAUUAAUUAUUAAGAUUACUUUGAUUGCCAUUUUUAUGGUCCCACACUACCACCCAUGCAAGGCAAGGACUACCUAUAGGUGAGAAUAGUACCUACUUCAGGAAAAGUUAAUUUUGAGACAGCUAAGUAGUUGAACUAUUUUGGAAAUAAUCUACAUAACUAAGUACUAUAAUACAUCAUUUCUUCUCUCCACUUAUUCUUUUAAAAAAAGUUUUAAUACUGUAAACCUUUCAUUGCUUAGACUGUGUUCUUGGUGAAAAUUUGUGCUUGGUGGCAAAAAUCUAUGUAUAAAACAUGGAUAUACAUACAAUAUAUAAGCAGAUAUGCAUUAUAUCUGUGGUAUUUCAAUUUAAUAGGGUGUUGACUAGGAGUAAAAGGGCUAAAAACAGCUCCUUAAUGGAGUAAUAAUGAAACAAGGUAGAGAAACACUGGUUGAGACAGAGUAUAAAUUAUUUGGAAAUUGAUUGAAUCUUGAGUUGGAAUGUGUAUGGGUACCCUUUGGAGGGUGGGGGUGGGUGGUAACUUCUCUCUGCUCUUUUUUUCAAGACAGCUAUCCAUCAGUCUGUCUAAAAUGUUUUAUUGUCUAGGACAUGGCCUCUAAACUAGCUUUUUAUUUUCCUUAAGUAUAGUACUUCAAUCAAAUGAGCUUUUAGCAACUUGAAAUACUUUUAGCUGUUGAAAAUAGAUUUAUACAGCCAAUUUGAUGAAGUGACCAAAAGAGGUUUGUUUUUACUCCUGUAUACUUUUGGUAUCUGUUUAAAAUGACUGGUUUUACUUUGAUGGAGUGCCAUUUUCAACCAUGGAAUUAGAAUGUCAUUUUUAAGUUAGAAGUGUUUACCGACCCAAUUAUUAGAAAUACAGUUUAUCAGUUCCUUGACUGACAUGUUUCAACAGAGCACUGACAAAAAGAAUAUUUUGUCUUUCUAUACUUAAAUCAGAUGCUAGAUUCUUUUUUUUUCCUGAAUUAAGGAAAUAUUUUAUCACAGAAGAGACAAACACAGGCUCCUAAUUUUAUCUGAACUUCUACGUUAUUAGACCUUCUUAGUUGAGUUACUGCCAUCAUUUUUUUGCUUCUAAAUAUGACUUAGUGUAUUGCUUAAGCUCUUCGUAGGGACAAGUUAAAAUCUUAACUUUUUUGUUUGUUUAAAACAGGAACAUAUUUUCAACAAAAUAAAUGACUUUAAAAUUCAAAUUGUGAUAUUUCAACAUUCCUUAGUAAAAGAACAUUUCUCUUAUUUUUCAAAGAUGAUAAAUUUUUUAAGGGAAACUUUCUUGAACAAUUUUGCAAAUAUUUGUUCAUUAUGCCUAUUUAGGAGACCAAACUUUUAGUGAGCAUGCAAAAUGUUUACAGAGAAAGGUAUAUCUGAUUUGGAGUAGGCUGUAAUAAAAGCUGUGUUUCAGAAAAACUACAUCACAAGUCCACUUAUGUUUUAAUAUAAAAUUACAGUAAUAUAGAAUACAGUGAAAUUGUCUAGAUCCUUUUUGUACUUUGCGUAAGUAUGAUUCAAAGUGGCUAAAUUAUUUUAGAAUGCUAUUAAUCUAAAAGCAAAAAUAAAAGUUGUAUGAAACGCGUAGCUUUGGCUAUAGGUGGGUCCUGGUUGAAAAGUUAACAUAAGACCACAAACGUUGGUCUUCCACAGUGUUGGUCACAAACGUUAGAGUGAAAAAUGCACGUAUAUAUGUGAAUAAAAUGAGUGGCAUCCCAGUGAUCUUUUUCCCAUUUGUCUUUUACAAGUAUAAGAAAAUAACUACUUAUCUUUGGAAUAUUAUAUAUGAGAUUCUUCUAUUUUUAAAAAUAUUAUGUCUAUUUCUAGAUAGCAAGCUGCUCUACAACCUGACAGACUAUUCUAAAACUGUUUUCCUGGCGUGGAUUCAACUAAGUAAUUUUUAACAGAUGUAUUUUGAAACACUCAUACAUAUAUAUACAUAUAGAGAGUGAUUUAUUCAGAGAAUAUAACUUAUAGUAAGUUCCAGUAUGGUUCUUAACUUUAUGGAGGUCAAAGACCCCUGUGAGAAGCUGAUGAAAACUAUGAACUCCCCAGAAAAAUGCAUUUGAGUACUCAUAAAUAUUCCACGUUCAGAACCCCUGAACACGUAUUGAAGUACCUGGGUAAUAGGCAUUUUCUGUAAACCAUUUGAUGUUUUUUUUUUUUUAAAGUGAGGAUGGCUGACUAAAGUAUAGUUUGGUUUUUUAUGUAAUGUUGUAGGUGGGUUUUGUUAAGCGAAAUCAGAAUGGUUCAGUUCGUUGAAAGAGCUCUUGCUACCCUGAAAAGGCUAAAUCCCACCGUGGCCCACCGCUCCCACGUCCAAAAAGGUAAUUACAUGUCGAGUAGCAAUGUAGAAAACUGAGGUGUCUUACAUGGACUGAGCUUUUGUAAUUAGAGAUUUUCUUGCAUUAUGGUUAUGCUGUUAGAAAUAGCUUAGCAUCCUUGUACAAAUUCAUGCGACACUGCUUUAGUUUUUGCUGACAUCUGCUGGUAUUUUCAUGAAAAUAAACUCUGCUGCUGCUA